GUGCUUUCGUAGAGAAAGACUUCAGUCCUGGAAUCGUGCAGUUUGUGCGUAGCUGCAGAAGGCAGGGCUGGCGCUGUCUAAUUAGCUACUUUUUCUUUCUUAAAUAAGCAAAUCAUUGCAGAUAAUGCUUCGUUUGCCAACUGUUUUGCGCCAGGUAAGACCUGUAUCUCGUCUACUUGCACCUCAUCUCACCCGAUCUUACGCCAAGGAUGUGAAAUUCGGAUCCGAAGCCCGGGCUUUGAUGCUGAAAGGGGUCGAUCUUUUAGCCGAUGCUGUAGCUGUUACCAUGGGACCAAAGGGUCGAACAGUUAUUCUAGAACAGAGUUGGGGAAGUCCUAAAGUGACAAAAGAUGGAGUAACAGUAGCUAAAGCAAUAGAUUUAAAAGAUAAGUACCAAAACAUUGGUGCUAAGCUAGUACAAGAUGUUGCCAACAACACAAAUGAAGAGGCAGGUGAUGGAACCACCACAGCAACAGUUCUUGCAAGAGCCAUCGCUAAAGAAGGGUUUGAAAAAAUCAGUAAAGGAGCUAAUCCAGUGGAGAUAAGACGAGGUGUAAUGCUGGCUGUAGAUGCUGUAAUUGGGGAGCUGAAAAAGAUGUCCAAACCAGUUACAACCCCAGAAGAAAUUGCUCAGGUAGCAACUAUUUCAGCUAAUGGAGACAAGGAAAUUGGUGAGCUUAUCUCUGAUGCAAUGAAAAGAGUUGGGCGAAAGGGUGUCAUCACUGUCAAGGAUGGAAAAACACUCCAUGAUGAGCUUGAACUAAUUGAAGGAAUGAAGUUUGAUAGAGGUUACAUCUCACCUUACUUCAUCAACACAGCUAAAGGGCAGAAAUGUGAAUUCCAAGAUGCGUACCUUCUGCUCAGUGAGAAGAAAAUCUCAAAUGUACAAUCCAUUGUGCCUGCCUUGGAGAUUGCCAAUGCACAUCGUAAACCUCUAGUUAUUGUUGCUGAAGACAUUGAUGGAGAAGCGCUCAGCACAUUGGUUUUAAAUAGGCUGAAGGUUGGCUUGCAAGUUGUGGCUGUUAAAGCACCUGGAUUUGGUGACAACAGGAAGAACCAACUGAAGGACAUGGCCAUUGCUACUGGUGGUACAGUAUUUGGGGAUGAAGCAAUUGGACUGAAUGUGGAUGAUAUCCAGGCCCAUGACUUUGGUAAAGUUGGUGAAGUUGUUGUCACCAAAGAUGACACCAUGCUGUUGAAAGGCAAGGGUGACAAGACUGCAAUUGAAAAGCGCAUUCAAGAAAUCAUGGAAACAUUAGAAGUUACAACAAGUGAAUACGAGAAGGAAAAGCUAAAUGAAAGGCUGGCCAAAUUAUCAGAUGGUGUUGCAGUGCUGAAGAUUGGUGGCACUAGUGACGUCGAGGUGAAUGAGAAGAAAGACAGAGUAACUGAUGCACUUAAUGCUACUCGAGCUGCUGUGGAGGAGGGUAUUGUUCUUGGUGGUGGAUGUGCUCUACUGCGGUGUAUCCCAGCAUUGGAUACGCUCCGACCUGUCAAUGAAGACCAAAAAGUUGGUAUUGAAAUUGUUAGCAAGGCUCUGAAAAUACCAGCUAUCACAAUUGUCAAAAAUGCUGGAGUUGAAGGAAGCUUAAUUGUGGAGAAGAUCUUGCAGAGUCCACCAGAAAUUGGCUAUGAUGCAAUGGCUGGGGAGUUUGUGAAGAUGGUAGAAAAAGGAAUUAUUGAUCCUACGAAGGUCGUGAGGACUGCUUUGUUGGAUGCAGCUGGUGUUGCCUCUCUCCUAGCAACAGCAGAAACUGUAGUUACAGAACUCCCAAAGGAUGACAAGCCACAGGGAAUGGGGGGUAUGGGUGGCAUGGGUGGUGCAGGUAUGGGUGGUGAUAUGUUUUAAUCCCUUGCUACAGAUCUUUCCCUGUAAACUGAGGUGACUGACAUGUUUAAUAUAGUCUCAAUUGAAUGACUGCUUCCAAUCGUGAAGACUACAGGAUGAAUGAGUAUGAACCAGGCUUUGUGGGAAAAUGGCUCUAUCAUUGAAAUGCUUGUAAUUAAGUUAGUGGAGCUGAGUUGAACUGUACUGGAUCUCAUAAGUAACUUGUUACUGCCCUCAGUACUAAGAAUUGUAAUUUAUUUUAUAUUGAAUAAAAUCAACAUUUGUACAUUC